AUGGAUAUCGCACGCACCCUGCAGCCGCCCCCCUCACUGCACGAUGCACCUUUAGAGGCAAACCCAGACGCCGUGGAGCACUCUGAACUGGCCAAUGCUUACCAGAAGCAAGCGGACUGUUGCCACCCGUCCCCUAGUUUGGAUAUGGUGGCUCACAAGUUCAUGGAGAAUAUGAAGGAUCGAUUUGGCGAGCAAUCUUCCGAGUCGAACACGAUUCAUGGCAUCUUGGGGGCAUUUAGUGCUCGUAGGAUAACCAAACGGGACGCUCAUUCCGCCAUCGUUCUUACACUUAGAAAUCACGAAGAUCUCAAGCAGAAUCUAAUGGACGUUCUCUUCCAUAAAGACGCGAAUUGGGGCCCGGGAGACUUCGAUAUCGACCAGUGUUUUCCGCAACGUCAACCACAGCUACCACUAUCCCCACAGCUUUUGCAGCCUACACACCAGCCUCAGGUGCGCAUGCCGUCCAUGUCGUCAGCCUGGUACCCGGGUUCUCAAACCUUCCAAUCAAUCAACCCGGCAACUCUGCAUAGCUAUGGCGCAUAUGCGGGUUUCGAGAACCAAGAACCUCAGGAGCCCCAGUAUGCGUCAUACGGAAACAUUUGGCAUCCGCAGACGCAAUUUGGGCCCUCUUCGCCUAUCGUGCACAUGUCCGAGCAAUUUCAAUACUCACAUCACUCCGCUUCACCUGCCAUGCAACAAGCAGCAAGGUUCCCUCCUUACACAAGCGCGAACUACAGUGUCAACUACAGCCUACCACAAGACGCGUUUGACAACGAUACGCACCAGCAGCCACACUCAAAUGAUCAGAGGGAAAGGACAGGCUACAGCAAUUGGACAACCGCCCGUUCGAUCCAUCCUUCCGAAUGCACACCAUCCCUUACUAGCGAUAACCUCCACUUGUCUGCGCCUUCAUAUGGGGUCCGUAGCCCUCAUAUGUCGUCACCAGUGCAGAAAUUUCCGGAUGCGGCCCCCUCUAUGCUGGGAAUUCCUAUCGCGAUACCCAUUGGUCAACCUGCUGUUGACAUGCAACCACCUUCUAAAAAACGACCACGCAAAGAAUCUGUCACUCAUGUCAAACCCAAGACGCAAGUUGAAGCGGACGAUGAUGUAGAGUGCGAGGAACGCUCUCACUCUCCGGUCCAAGGUGAACCGUCUCCGACCCGCCGUUUAAGUGAUACACGACCAAGUGUUGGUAACUCGAGGCGUCAAUCACAGGGACAAGGUCGCUUUAUACACAACCUUUGCGGGAAGGGAUUCUCCACUCGCUCCAAAGUCAAGCAACAUCAUUGGGGUAAGAAGAACAAUGACCUCGCGACCAAAACUGGUUGUUGGGCAAAGUACAAGAAGCCGAAUGUUAGCUGGGAUGCGCAUCCUAGUUGCAAGGAAGAAUCAGCAAGGUCACAUUCAACGAAGCAAAUGUCAUUUGGAGAGCCCAGGAAGAACUCGGCUCAACCUGUACUCAAGCGGGAAGCAAACAAUGCUGCAACGUCUUCACCCAAGACCCUCGCGAUUGCCAUCAUGAAAACGAAUGAUCAGCAGAUCAUCCCAGGCUUCUCUACUCUCCAGGAUCUUCCUGGGAUGGUUGCCCAGGCCCUCCACCCACGUGCUCUACCCCAGUAUUCUCUCGACGAGGCACAGAUUUAUCAUUCCCAUCGCCUUCCUUCCCGAGGCAACUUCGACGCACUGCUGACUGCUGCUAAUGUUGCUUCCAAAAUUGAUGCACCAAAACCACUUAGCCGGCACGAUUCAGUUGUUUCUCAUUUGGAUGCUCAGGCCGUCAUUGCUGAGCGUAAUAUGCAACAUACCCCUACUUGGGCCUUCCCCUAUCGCGAGCAAGAGCAUCCAAGCUUUCGCUACAGUCACUACCAUCUGCCUCCAGUUGCAGUUUCUGGGUUGGGUAUCAGUAAACAGAUCUAUGGAAACGGACAGGUGCCACACAGAAUGCUUGCAUCCUCGCAGGUUGGACAGUGCGACUAUGCAUCUCCGUCGAUACCAUCUGAAUCGGUGGAGCCAGAAGAUGGCAUGGACUUUGCGCCAUGUGCAGCGCAGUCGAGUUUACGAGUCGACUCAGGAAUUGAGAACCAUGAGAUCUACGAAGACGGCCACUUCAAGGUCUCAACGAGCCAACAGGAGAUCCUGCCUGAUGGGCCAGGCCCAGAGAAGAAGAAACUGAAGACAUGA